AUUACUUCAUGGUUAAAGAAAAUCUUCGGGGAUGAGCCCAUUCCGCAGUAUGAAGUGAACGCACGGACCACUGACAUCCUGUACGAGCUCACUGAGCGCAAUGAGGCCCGGGACGGGGACAUCGUGUUGCUCAUAGAUGGCAUGAACCAGAUGGCAGCAAAUUACCAAGAGGAAGCCAAGUAUCUAGAGGACCUUCUCACAGGAAGCCUAGACUUUUCCAUAACUAGUCUGUUCCAUGAAGGCACCAGUUACCUAAAUGAGCUGGUAAACACUGCCUUAACGCUCGAAAUAAGACACUUCUCUUUGACUAUUUUCAUCACUGCCAUGAACUAUCUGACUUGGGAUCUGUAUGAAACAGAAUCAAAAAACAAAGAAUUGGAAUGGGAAUUGACCAGCAUUAAGAAAAAGCUAACUGCAGCACUGGUGCUGGAAAAACGGCUGCAAGAGGAUCUUAAAAAAACAGAGGAACAUUUGGAGGUGGAAAAAGCAAAAGCUGAGAGCUGAUCCCAGAACUUGAAGUUCCUGAAAAACAGAUCUGAGGAUUUCAAAAUCAGGAUCAAGACUGCUGAGGAGCAGUUGGCAGCCACCGGGUUGGACCAGUCUUUGAUGCAUCAGUCAUUAGUGAAUCUGUCGGAGAAACUGUCUGAAUUAAAUAAAGAAGUUGAGUCUCUGAAGAAGAAACUGGAGCCCUACUACGAUUUAACUCCUAAUCCUUCCCUCGCACAAAUGAAGAUUGAAGAAGCAAAACAGGAAUUG